UGUGGAUUUUAAUUUUGUUGAUCUUUUUGUCCCAUCUCAUCUUCCAUCUCCCUGUCCCACGCUUUCGUAGGUACCUGUCUGACCUACACGCUCCAGGAGAUCCAGCAUGGCAGUGCAUCUACGCUCAGCACAAGUGGAUCCUGCAGCUGAUGCAGAACUGCAGAGAUGAGUUCAUCAGUGGCCAGAGAGUGGGUGCGGGAGCUCUGGACCCAGAGGGGGAUACCCGUCCACCAGCCCUCGGAAGGCUCAGCCACACCGCGUCUCUGAAGAGAGGGGGCAGUCUCCGAACGCCACGAUCCAGCAAUUGGCACUUUGAGACCCCGCAGCAGGUGCAGUUUGUGGAGAAGCUUUCAGAUGUUGUGAUCGGUCAGCUGCCCAAUUUCUGGAAGCUUUGGAUCUCCUACGUUAAUGGAAGUCUUUUUAGCGAGACUGGAGAGAAAUCUGGGCAAGUGGAAAAAUCCAAGAAGAAUGCCAGACAGAGACAGAAUGACUUUAAAAAAAUGAUUGAAGAGCUGACCAGUCGGCUCGUGAAGCUCAUUCGGGGUGCUCUCUUACCCGCCACCUUGCCGCAAGGGGAGCUGAGUCUUUAUGGAGGCUGGGAGAGCAAGACAGAGUUGGCUGGAUCAUGGCUUACACAAAUCAUACACACUGUCAGGGGUUGUCAUGAGGCUCUGUCUGCUAUGGAGAUCCCAAAUGAUUUGCUGCAGGUGAUCCAGGAUCUUCUGCUGGAUUUGAGAGUUCACUGUCUCAUGGUGACUCUGGUGCACACAACAGAAGAUGUCAACAGGCUUGCUGAAAAGGAAGACUGGUUGGUAGAUAAUGAGGGAAUCACCAGCCUGCCUUCACGGUUUGAGCAGUGUAUGGUCCAGAUGCUGCAGUCACUCAAAGAGCCCCUGGAAAUCAAACCUGGAGAAACAAAUGUGUUGCAGUUGGAGCAGGUCCAGGACCAGGCUGCAGAGCUCAGCGUGAGGAUCAUGAAGGUCUUUGUAAACAGUUUGGAGCAGCUGAGUACUAAGACAGAUGGAGACAUUAACACAUCUCACAACAUUUCAGUGGACCUGUCCUCUCCUGAUCGGUUUACUGGCAUUCAAGAGGGCUUUACUCCAACAUCUGAGCAGCGUCUACUGAUCAUCCUGAGUAACUGCCAGUACCUCGAGAGACACACAUUCCUGAACCUGGCCCAUCACUUUGAGAAACAUAGCUUCACGGGGACAGAGAAGAUCACACGGGUAAGCGUGGACGCAGUACGGGGGCUGGACCGGAAACUCUUUGAAGCCUACAUUGAGAGACGAGCUGAUCCGAUCGCAGGCUCCCUGGAGCCCGGCAUCUACGCUGGCUAUUUUGAUUGGAGAGACUGCCAAACACCUACAGGUGUAAGGAACUACCUGAAGGAGGCUCUGGUCAAUAUUAUUGCAGUUCAUGCCGAGGUGUUCACAGUCUCGAAGGAUCUGGUUCCUCGGGUUUUGUCUAGAAUCGUUGAGUCCGUUGCGGAUGAAAUGUGCCGUCUUAUGCAGUGUGUGUCCUCCUUCAGCAAAAACGGAGCCCUACAGGCUCGACUUGAACUGUGUGCUCUGAGAGAUGCUAUAGCCACAUACCUAAACGCCGACAGCAACGCCAGCUUCAAACUGGCUUUGGAGUCUCUGCCUCAGUUACACAGCGGCGCCGAUAAGAAGUUACUGGAAGAGCUGCUGAACAAGUUUAAGAGCAGCAUGCAGCUCCAGCUCACGUGCUUCCAGGCCUCCUCUGUCCAGCCCAUCAAGAGAUAAAUCUCAUCCACUCCACCACCCAAAACAGAAGUCUGUGUCUUAUCUAUUAGCUAAUGAACUUUGCCUGUAUCUCUUCAGUUAUCACUUUUUUGUUUACUCAUCACUUUCAAUUUCUGCUUUACUCGAUUAAACACAAGUGUGUAUUCAUCUAAUCUCGAAGACACUAAAUGAGUCGAUUUCAUUGUUACUGUGCAGGACAGUCCCUGUUACGUUGGGUAUGCUAAUUAUGUACGGCCACUCACGUACUGACAAGUAGUGAGUGAGUGGCUAAUGUGCUUGUUUCUAGAAAGUUCAGGAACAGUCUGUCAGUGGGAUGUGGAGCUGCAGACUCUGAAUGAAAUGUGUGUCAAAGUAACAAGAUUUUUUUAAAUGAUGAUGAUGACAACAAGAUGGUUUUCAUGUACUGUGCCACCUGUAUUGCUCAGUAAGUUAACUAAACAUCAGCCUUCAGCUAGAGCUGCAAAAUCUCAGUCUGUGAGCUACAUGGAACUGGAUCAGAUCCUGAUCCUGUCAGGAUUUUUAGACAUGGUUGAUAGUUUGUUUUUUGAAAGCACUGUACUGCUUUAAUCCUUUUCACACAGCCGUAUUGUCCCAUCACAUUUCAUUGAAAUCCAGCAUGUUUGUCAGUAAGCUUCAUCUGUGGAAACCACACUGAUGUAACUGUGAGUCAGUUAUAUUGAUGCUUUUCUUCUAAUAAAACACCAUCAUUGGAA